AUGCCUUUCCUGACAGACCUCCGUUUCGCUGAACUCGCGCAGGACAUCGCUUGUGAUGUGCAUUCCAAGACUCAGGAGGAUGACAACAUCCUCAAGAUCCAAGAAAUCUCCAGGGCGUUUGUGUCGGACACUCUCACAGUACCGACCAAGGAGAUGAAUGCCUAUGCUCUCCGUGCGUCCCUCGGAGACGAUGUGUAUUUCGAGCCAUCCACCGCCUUGCUUGAAUCCCACAUCGCAAAGAUCACCGGAAAAGAAGCAGGCCUCUUUCUACCUACGGGCACGAUGUCGAAUCAAGUUGCCCUCAGGACUCACUUGCAGCAGCCUCCAUAUUCAGUCAUCACAGAUGCACGGGCCCACAUAUACCGCAUGGAAGCUGGCGGCGCCGCUUUUCACUCAGGUGCCAACAGUAUCCCAAUUAUUCCCGCUAACGAACACCAUCUUACCUGGGGGACAUUGAACCUCGUAUUGUCUCUGGCACAGAUGUCCAUGUCGCUUGAGAAUACUCUGAAUGGAACCAUUAUUCCACAGGACGACGUGAUUGAAAUUUCAAAGAACGCACAUAGUCGGGGUAUCAUCAUGCACCUCGACGGUGCGCGCAUCUGGCAUGUUGCAGCAGAGACCGGGUUGUCCAUGAAAGAGCUUUGUGACCCAUUUGAGUCUGCGAGCUUAUGUCUUAGCAAAGGACUCGGUGCACCCAUCGGAACUGUCCUAGUUGGUUCAACGCCAUUUAUAACCAAGGCGCGAUGGUUCCGAAAGCUCUUUGGUGGGGGUAUGCGCCAGACCGGAUACAUGGCUGGCUGUGCUGCAUACGCGCUUACUUACAAUUUCCCUAUGCUCCCUCGCGUGCACGCCCUUGCAAAGCGGAUGCAGCAGGGCCUAGAACAACUCGGCGUUGGCAUCUUGAGUCCCGCUGAAACUUGCAUGUUGUUCUAUGACCCUUCGCCUAUUAGGGUCGAAUACUGGGAAGUAGUCGAGCGGGCCGCACAACUCCCAGAUCCCAUUAAGCUGAAUGGGUCUCGCCUUCUAAUGCACAUUCAGACAUCGCCUCAAGCAAUAGAAGACUUCCUGGAGCUCCUGCGUACGCUCAAAGAAGAGAAGGCUGCUGCGGGAUGGAAACCCGAGAAUGCACCGCCCAAGAAGAAGUCCCUGUUUAGAGAUGUGUACGUCAAGGCCGUUAGACCAACGUAG